AUGGUCAGAAGUCAAGAUAGAAAGCAACCCGAACUGUAUUAUACGAGAGAAGAAGCACUUAAACGAUACUUGUCUGAAACCAAAGAUCUUGGCCGGAGAUUGAGAGCUGAGAGCGCAGUUAAGCUAGUGAUUAACAAAAUAGCACAAAAGCGUGAUUUCAAUGGCCAAAGUAAGUACAUUCGACUAGAAGUACCAAAGGAAGAGCCUAAAGCACCGGAGGCUAGUAUAGAUCUUAGUCCGGAUGUUUGUGGUAAUGAUACAGUUAGUAGUGGAUUUAUGGGCAUACCUGAUUUGGAAAUUGAUGGGUUGAUAACUCUUUCGGAUGCUAAUUUGGUUUGUAGUGCGCGGCCGGAUGGUUUUGUGGCUAGUCCAUGCGCUGAACAGACUAAGAAUAUCUUGAGUUCUUCAAUUGCCUCUGCGCCUUCUCAGACACUUUCAGAGCCUCGUCGUAAACGCAUAGCUAAGUUGACCUGUGAUAGUAGUGAUUCUGAUGGUGGGGACGAUAAUGAGAUGGAUGAGAGUGGGACAGAAACUGAAACAGAAACGGAAAUAGAUUUGGAUGAAGAUUUGGAUGAACCAAGUGAUACAACGGUUAUUGCUGUUGAAGAGAGUCCUAUCGUGGAAAUCAAAGAAGGCUGGCAUGCCGAAAGCCAAGUUGAGCUGGAAAACAAGCCUGGAGCAAUGUUCAAUGCAGCUGGUCUAAGUCGUGUUAAAGAGAGAAAGUACCAGUGGCAGUAG